AUGUGUUCAGUGACGGAAGGUUGUGUAGAAAUCAAUGAGAAUUUGUACCUUCAAGCAGAACUGGGAAGCGGAGAGCGGCCCAUCGGACCAACGAGGCAGAAUCAUAUGUCAAAAGUGUUCCCUAUUUCACGUUUGUUCGUAUCCUCAUCUCUCGUCCUGAAUAAGACGAACGACCAGUGUUCGCACUGGAAGAAACUUUCCCACGGCCAGCCGAAGAGUGAAGUUUGGUCGUGGAUUCCCAAACCUACAAUAUUGCAGGUCUACAUGUUUCACUUUAUUCCCCAAAAAUUCCUGCUAACUUCCACGCUGUUAUGUAACAAGGAAGGUUGA